CGGGGGGGUCAGGGGGGUCCAUCGAAACACCUAACACACGAGACAAAACAAGACACACGCACACAAAUGGAUCUUUUCAUGGGUAUUGAUUGAGCUUCUCCUUUUCUUACUCGACAGUUGGCUAUAGCUAUCGUCGUCUAAGCAGCUGCUAUCGGCCACCUGGCUCCCACUCUCCUCCUGCUGCUGCUGCUGGUCGGUGAUGGCCCUCAGUGUGGACCCGUAUGUGUUGAUGCUGGUCCGCUGAGUGUCGGCCUCCCAUGCGUCAAAUAUCUCACGGUCCGUCCACUCGCGGCAGAAGCCGUACACACCGGGCUUACCUGACACACAAACACACACACACACAUGACAAUGCACUGGCUGCAUGUGUGUGUGGGAUUGGCCGGAUGCUUACCCCAAACUGUGCCGCGUUCGCCCAGCCUGUAGCCGCACCCCCGCCCCCGCCCUCCAGAUGCUAUCUGUGUGUCUGCGGCUCCUAUCUUGCUUUUGAGAGCGUUGAUGAGGCCGACAGGCAGGCCGAGCUGCUUCCACUGGUCCGAGGUCAGCUGGCGAAGCGCGUCGGCUCUGACGAUGUGGCAUGGUGAUGAUGAUGUGUGUCUGUCUGUCUGUCUGUCUAUCUAUCUGUGUGGGGUUGUUGCUCACGUGUUGAGCCAUUGGCUGCUGAGUGUGGUGUAGACUUUGAUGGCGUCCUCCUCUGUGCGCCCGUGGGCCAACGCACACUCGCCGAUCAUGGCAUACAACUCAUGCCUGCAUCCAUCCAUCACAUCACCCGCACCACAACACACCACACCCACCACACACCACACACAGCCCACAGCCCACAUGCACACACGCUUACACACACCAACGCACCAGGCUGGCCUUACUGCUGUGGCUGCAGCUGCAGCUGUGGCAUAGAGGACGAAACGAUGCGUGUGCCGACCGGCCGAUGGCUCUCCAUGACGGCCCUGCAGUGAAUGCACUCAGACAUGUAGCAGACAGAACAGUCGUUGGGCGGAGAUCACUGCAUGACGGGCAUUGAGGACUGCAUGUCAGCCUGACUGUGUGAUGGAUUUCAUUUCUCUCGUCACCUGUGGAUGUGGUUCCCUCAGAUCUCUGUGGAGGGAUGUGCCAUGAGAAGUUGGCAAGGAGCGGC